UGCAUGCAUUGAGAUCUACCUCACCAGUGUGCUCGGAUAAAAUAAAUAUUUGGAUAAGUAAAGUCUGGUAAUAAAUUGAAUCGGGUUCGAGAUUUAGUUUUCGUGUCCCUGGUAAUUGCGACGCCGUGGCCGAAGUAUUUCGAACAUAAACUUUUUUGAGGCUGUUGUGCACAAUUCAUGAAGAAACUCACGCCACUCUAAUUGUUUGGGGACAUGGGAAGUGGUGGGAGUAAAACACCGCCUAGUCAACAAGCUGUCCCUGACAAAGACAACUCUGCAGACCUAUCCCCCUCUCCAGCAACUGCUCCAAAGGACACAAAUGUCAACAGUGGAGGAGAAUCAACUAAUCAAAAGAGUACAGCAGAAUCCAAGCCAACUAACCAGGAGAAACCAGUGACACCAACACAAAAAGAAUCUCAGGGUAGUACACAAUCAGAGGGUAAAAAGGUGGAUGAGAAGGAUUGCAACAUCUCAGAAAAUUCAACAAAUCAAACAAAGGAGGAGGAAGUAAAAAAAGCAACAGAGCCAGCAGCCAGUCAAGUGAAGAAAGAGGAAAUAAAGCAGACAGAUUCAACAAUGCCUAAAGCAAAGCCAGAUAAUGAGGCUGUGUCCAGUGAGUCUGAUCGGAUGAUUCCAGAGCUUAACAAAGACCAGCAAUUGUUUGAUGAUGCAAUCAGUUCGGCCUGUCAGCUGAUCAAAAGUCAGAGUCUGAUGAAACUGGUCACCCAAAAUGUCACCUCUCUCUGUCUCCAGAGGGCACUCCCCAUGGGGAUCUCCCUUUAUGAACUCCUCCAAAAAAUGACCAACUUACAGGAUUUGGACCUAUCCCACAACGACAUUGGGCCCCAAGGAUUUCGCAGCAUUUGUUUGGCCAUGUGUACAAAUACUUCCAUUUUAUGCCUGAAUCUUUCCGACAGUAAAACAGACACAGAUAGUGCUGAAUGUCUCGGGCUGAUGCUGAGUCACAAUGUCACCAUGUCUUACCUCAACAUCUCCAACAACUACUUUGGUAAAGAUUAUUUUUCUCGCUGCGUUGGCCCAGCUCUGAAGACAAACACAGCACUGACAACUUUCAAGGCAGAAAACAUAGGUACCAGUGAUAUUAAGGAUUUUAUGGUGGGUCUAAAAGAAAACACCAGUCUCACCGAACUUGACUUCAGUAACAACUGCAUCACAGAUAGAACGGCUCUCGGGAACGGAAUAGGAGAAAUUCUGAAGAGAGAGAAAUGUGGUUUGGUAUCUCUAGCACUGGCUGGUUGUGAGAUGAGCAAGGUUGGAGCGAACCAUCUUCUGGAGGGGUUGAGAGAGAACACAUCUCUAGCAGAACUCAAUGUCAAUGGUCUAGAGUUUGAAUCCCUCUCCCAAUUGUUGCACUUUGUUGCUGUGGCUGCCAACAACCCAAAUCUACAAGUUCUUUCCAUUGAUGGAGCCAAAAUCAAAGAUACUUCACUAAAUGCCAAAGAUGGAGGCAAACAAUGGAAAGACAAGAAAUGUGUGUGUGACACUAAGGAAGUUGCUAAGAAGUUUUGGGGGUCAGAGGGUACUGAAGGUGAAGGUCACACAGAGACCUCUGGUGGGGAACAAAAUCCUGGCAAUGGGAAUGAUGAGGAUGUUUCUCUGUUUAGUCUUAUAACUCCAGAUAUGGUCCUUCCACUUAGAGAAGCCCCACCCUCUCUACAGGUUCUGAGUUUGAUUGACAGUCAUCUGACUGAUGAAUUCUUUGAAGCUCUCCAGAAACUGUAUCAGGGGAGGCAACUCCCUCUGACGGAGAUUGACAUCAGCAGUAAUAAUGACCUGACUGGGAAAUGUGUUCACUCAUUGGCAAAAAUCACAGCAGGGGAGGAAACUCAAUCAACACUGAAAAAAUUAAGGCUUGGUGUGUGUAGGGGAGUUGAAACUUUGCCACAAGAACUAAUAGAGUGUGAUCUCCCUUGUCUACAGUACCUGAAUAUUAGGAAGUCCAAGAUUUCAGAGAUGCACACCCUGUCGAAACUGUUUAUGGAGAGGACACUUACUACACUGAUUCUUGAUGGACAGAAGAUUGCCAACACUGAUACACUGGAAAAACUGCUAGAUGGAGCUGCAAAAGGAAACUUGUCCACGCUGAGUCUCAGUGGCUGUGCCCUCUCUGCCAAUGACAUUCAACCUCUGUACAAGGCCCUCAGACAGGGAAUGAAACUACAUAUGUUGAAGUUAUCAGCUAACAGGUUGGAGGAUGCAGGAGUUGUGGGCCUUGCUGAGGCUAUAUCUGCUAACAAGACACACCCACUGGCUGUGUUAGAUGUCUCUGACAAUACAUUUGGUGAUGAAGCAGCAAAGCAGUUAGCUGGUCUGUUCGCUCACAAAAAGCACAAGACCCAGCUACACAGUCUGAACGUCAGUCACAACAAUGUCGGUAAGGCUGGUCUGCUGUCCCUGGUGUCUGUGAUGGGGGGUAAGUCCCCACUGAGGACCCUGUACCUACAGAGUCAGUCCACCGGCCCACAGCUCACGGAACCAGACAUGGUGGAAGUCUACACUAAGCUGGCUCAAGGCCUCGGUUUUACCAUCAAGAAGUCUGGGGACCAGAUCCAGCCUGGCUGCUCCGACCUCCCCAAACUACCUGAGGGUUUGGUGGUCCGUCUGUCAGACCUUGGGGGCAACACCGGUGAUAUUGGAAAGAUGCUGGACAGUGUUCGGAUAAAGACAGACUAUGUUGCAGAGAAACCUCCACUUCUGACUUUCACAGAUAUCCUGACUAUCUGUGCUGUCCUGAAAGGCUCAGGUUCUGAUGUUCCUGUGUGGUCCAGUGAGCACUGGAAGCUGAUCACUGGCUUAAACAGACCUACAGUGGAUGCUCCCUCCUGGCUGGAGUUGCCGGCUAGCCGAGAUCGGUGUCUAUAUCUCAGUAAUCUCCCUGGAAACUCUAACACCCAAAAACUGGAGGCCAUCUUUGAGAUGGAGGCUGACUGUAACUUGGAGGAAGUCUGUCUGAUGAAGGACCCGGUCAGUAGGAGUGUUAAUGGUGUGGGCUGGGCUUUGAUGUCAGACGAAGAGUCCUUGCAGAAAGCCAUAGAUUUCUAUAACAGUGGAGAGGCCAAAGUAUUUGGACAGUCCUUUGUGAUAUCAAGAGUGAAAGUGAAAGUCGAUGAUGAUGAAGAUUCCAAAGCUGCUCAGAAAGCUCAAGAAGACUUGGAGCUGAGAACGAAGUUACGACAGAAGGAAGAACAGGAGCACCGGAGGUUGAUCCAGAGAACGACCGAGGAGUCAUGGAAACGCCACGCCUACCGACUGGCACACCCAGCCUACGCGGAUGGCAGGAUCUGGUAGUCAAGGCAACCACAGAUACUUCCUGUCCUGAUGAACUAACAAGAGUAAUUCUAGGACUGAGAGAAUGGCAGGACUUGAAGAUUAAUUAUUAUUGUACCGCAACCCUAUCAGUAUUGUUAACUCACCAAUGGGUUCUUUUGAAUCACAUAAAAAGAGGUCUCUGUAUUUUCAUCCUUAUUGAAUAAUCCUAGACAUUUGAUGCAAGUCGACAUUUCCUAAGGUACCUAUAUAGAAUCAUCGGUUCCUAAUUUAAAUGAAAACAGUCUUCCAAAAUAAGCGUAGAAACAAGAGAGAUAACUGAAGCAAGAAAAUCAGUGAAUCUCACACAAAAAUUCGAACGGUACAUAUAACAUAGCAAUGCUCAACACUGGAUUCUAGUUCUGAUUAGAUGUAUGCUAUAACUAAAGUCAUUUAAAUUAAUUUCAAUUGAGAAAAUAAUAUAUAUUACCAUUUUUAUAGUAGAUCCUGUUAUUUGAUACAAGUUAAUUUGGUAACCGUUAUGAGACAGCUAUGCUAGAUAGCAAUCACAAUCAUUUCAUACAUCUAUUUACUACAUAUUUUGCAUAAAGAAAUAAUUUUAUUGUUUUUGUAUAAUAAUCCAGUGAUUUGAUUUUUUUUAUAAGUCUGAAAGUUAGCAGUAAACUUGUAUAAUAUGACUCAUUCACUUCACUGUACAAGGAAGUGAAUAAAUUUUAGGGGCUGGCUAUUGGCAGACUAAACUACUUACAGUAGCUAUAAGUAAUGAUCAACCUCUCUACAUCUAUACCUUUGUUAUUGCCUGUUUGUUGUGUUAAAAUUAUGUUGCAUGUAUAUUUAAAUGUAUAUAUUUUCAAUAUUUGUUUUCUUUGGUUAAACUGUCUGUUUACGUGUACAUACAUAAUUCAGUAAUUAAAUUAUGUGAAUAAAUUAUGUUAUUUAAUGAGUA